CCGAAUUCUAUGAGUUCGCCGCAACUGCAGCGACGAUCUGCAGGUUACGAGUCUGAUCAAUCCAGCGAUACUGCUGCCGAAGACGACCUUGUCACUCAAAACGCGAGCUUCCCCCAAGUGCCAUCGAACAAUAUGCCGGCUAUGUGGCAGUCCUCGCCGAACCGGGCAUCGACUAUCCCAAGACUCGCUCAGAAGUUUGGCAAUGCGAAUGUACAGGUAACGGAGAUUCAACAACCACCACGUCUUCGAACAGGACAUCGGCAACAACACGACCCGGCAAGCAAUUCGCCCGAUGAUGAUACAACCUCCCGAGGCUCAACCCUGGCAGAUGAAGAACAAGAUUUCGAUCUUCCUGAGAAAACGCCCACAUAUCGCCCAAGGAAGAUGGAUCCCCUUCAUGAAGAACCUUCCGAGCACGCUGAACCGCCGCAUAUUGCCGGUCCCCUGGAAAAACAGUUGGCAGCUCUCAUGAAAACUUUAGUAUUCAUGGAACGCGAGAACCCAACUGUGGCAGUCACACCAGAGGAAUACAAAGAGCUAAAAGGCCAGGUCAAAGCACUCGAAGAAGAGAAGAAGACAUGGCACAAACGACAUGAAGCCCUAUUCGCUCUCCGUGACGAGGACGUGGACAACAACAUCAAGAUCAGAGGCAUGCUUGCCAAAGCGCGGCGAGAACUAGAAGGAAUGACGAAACUCCGCGACGAUGACCUCGUGAAUCUGCAAGCUGUGCGGUCCAAGCUAGCAGAAGCGACUCGCAAACUUGAUCGCUCGCAAUUAUCGAACGGACGCACUAGCCCCGCCCGAGGCCGCCCAGGGAGCAUGCUCCUAGAGCGCAGAGACACGACAGAUCUCUUCGCAGUUGCAAAAGCCGCCGCACUUGAGCAAAGAGCCAUGGAACUCGAACGACGAAACUCCAGUCUGCUAUCUCAGCUCGAGUCUCUCAAAGGCGGCGCCAGCAUCGACGACAUAAACCGCAUGACGGCACACAAGGCCUGGAAAGACACGGUCUCAGAUCUAGAAGCCAAGCUAAAAGCUAAAGACGCUGAGCUCGCGCGUCUUCGUACCAGUGGUGGAUCCGCAACGGGGUCAGCAGAUUGGCAUCGUAUGGAGUCCAUUCACGAGGAACAUGCGAGUUACAGGGAGAAGGUCGGCGGUAGGAUGCAGCAGCUUCGGUCAGAAAAGGAGAUGUUGCAGCGGGAGCUGCAUCGCAAGGAAGAAGAGAAUCAUGCGUUAGAAGCGAAGGUGCAGAAUCUGCAGAGGAGAGUCAGUUUAAUGUAA